GACAUUCUCUUGACGCCAUAUAUUACUAUUGUAUGAGAGGUUUUAGCUAGAGUUUUUAUUAAACUAAAAUAUCUGAACCAAAGACAAUUAAAAAAAAAAAAGUAGUAAUAGUGAGCCAUGUUCAUGAAGCUCUUCACCAUUUUCUUCUUCAGCCUACUCUCUCAAUCCCUACAGUCCUCUUCCCGAACUCUCGACUUCACCUACAAUGGAUUCGUCACCGAGUAUUAUUCUAAUAUGUACAAUAAUAUAUCCAUCGAAGGAACUGCCUCACUCACAUCAAACGGUCUCUUGGUGCUAACUAACACAAAUUUCCAGGGUACUGGUCACGCCUUCUAUACCAAACCAAUUCGGUUCAAAGAUUCUCCAAACGACACUGCUUCGUCCUUCUCCACAGCCUUUGUCUUCGCUAUCAACCCCCAGAUCCCGAUACUUAGCGGCCACGGCUUGGCCUUUGUCGUCGCUCCUAGCCUUGGCCUCCCUUUCAGCUAUCCCAGCCAGUACCUCGGUCUCUUCAACAUCAGCAACAACGGUAAUGAUUCUAAUCACGUAUUCGCUGUCGAAUUAGACACUAUUCGGAGUACGGAGUUCAAUGAUACGGACGACAACCAUGUCGGAAUCGAUAUCAAUAGCCUGAGGUCAGUGGAAAGUUCUCCCGCUGGGUACUGGGACAAGAAAGGUCAGUUUAAGAAUCUGAGUUUGAUCAGUGGUAAACGUAUGCAGGUUUGGGUCGAUUACGAUGGCCGUACCCAUCGAAUCAAUGUGACGAUGGCUCCGUUCAGAAAGGUUAAACCUAUGAAACCACUCGUUAGUGUUAUCAGAGAUCUAUCUUCUGUUCUUCUGCAAGAUAUGUUCGUAGGUUUCUCCUCGGCGACCGGUUCUGUUCGGUCGGAACAUUAUGUUCUCGGGUGGAGUUUCAGUGUGAAGGGGGAAGCUCCGCCAUUGUCUCUAUCGAAGCUUCCGAAACUUCCGUGGUUUAAGGACACAAGAAUCGACAGGUUCAUUUCACUCUUGCUGAUUCCCCUCUUGUUUAUUAUCUCACUCCUCUUCCUCGUGCGCUUCAUCCUGAGGAGGAGGAGAAAGUUAUCCGAGGAGCUCGAAGAUUGGGAAACAGAGUUCGGGAAGAACAGAUUAAGGUUCAAGGACUUGUACUUCGCAACUAAAGGAUUCAAGGAGAAGGACCUUCUAGGAUCAGGCGGGUUUGGGAGCGUAUACAGAGGUGUAAUGCCCAAGACGGAGAAGGAGGUCGCCGUCAAACGAGUCUCAAACAAAUCUAAACAAGGUUUGAAAGAGUUUGUGGCUGAGAUCGUUAGUAUUGGACAGAUGAGUCACCGUAACUUAGUUCCUCUCUUGGGUUAUUGCCGCCGGAGAGACGAGCUUCUUCUGGUGUACGAUUACAUGCCCAAUGGAAGCUUAGACAAGUAUUUGUACAAUAGUCCGGAUGUAACCCUCGACUGGAAACAGAGGUUUAAAGUCAUUAAAGGUGUGGCCUCUGCCUUAUUCUUCCUUCACGAGGAGUGGGAACAAGUGGUGAUUCACCGUGACGUCAAAGCCAGCAAUGUUUUAUUAGACUCUGAGCACAAUGGGAGACUGGGGGAUUUUGGUUUAGCUCGGCUGUGCGGUCACGGGUCAGAUCCUCAAACCACCCAUGUCGCUGGAACAUGGGGAUACCUAGCCCCUGAUUACAUCAGGACAGGACGAGCCACAACAGCUACCGAUGUUUUUGCCUUCGGGGUGCUCCUACUAGAAGUAGCAUGCGGUAGACGUCCUAUCGACCAGAACGAGAAUGGUGAGAGGCUCUUGCUCGUGGAUUGGGUACUUGGGUUUUGGACAGAGGAAAACAUCUUGGAUGCUAAGGAUCCAAAACUAGGGCCCGAGUAUGACCAAAGAGAGGUCGAAAUGGUUUUGAAGCUAGGUUUGUUAUGCGCUCACCCCAAUCCACAAGUUAGACCAACAAUGAGACAAGUGUUACAUUAUCUAAAAGGAGAUGCAAUGUUACCAGAUUUUUCGCCGUCUGACUUUUGUGGGGGUGGGAUGACGUUGGGAAUCAACCAAGGACUUGGUGAGUUAGCUACGUUUAUCGGUGUAUCUUCCAUUGCUGAUUCUAUACUCUCCGGUGGGAGGUGAUAUACGAAUAUCAUAACGUUUGUAUGUCAUUACAAUAUUACAUUAUA